AUGUCUUUGCAUGGAAGUAAUACUCCACCAUCAGCCAUACCCGAGGAAAUAUUACCUGAUAACUUGACGAGUAAUGAUGACAUGCUCCUUAGCGAGAUCACUACAUACUUCGUUGAUCGUGGUUUUAAACAAAAUCUUGUCAGCUCCUUUCUGGCAAGAAAUACUCGUCUUGAAUUUAAGUCUAAUGAUGAAAUUAUGUUGGAUUUUCUUGAAGAACGCGAGCAAAUGGAUCCAACAAUCCUUAUUGGUAUUGAGGGAAAUGAAGGUGUGGAGUUGGGCGAAGAUAAGAAAUUGCUUGUGAAAUGGGGUCUUACAAAGGAGGUUGCGAACAGAAUACGUGAUAGUGUACAUGAUACCAUUUGGUCUCAACGGAUUUUGAAACAUUGGCUACUUGAUUGGGUUUACAAUCUAUGGGAUGCAAUUAUGCAGAUGAGGUUUGAUAAAGUUUUUUAUGAUCCACAAUUUCAACGCAAUCAAUGGCAUAGUUAUGAAAGAAAGGGUGACCCACAAAUGUUUGCCUCAUCCUACGAAGAAAUCAUCGAUAUCGGAGAGAAUUCUUUAUUGGGGUGCAACACAAAAGUCUCUAACCCAGCGGACAUUAAUUACAAAGCAUUCUUCCAUGCAACAGACUACCAAAGUGCUCAAUCUAUCAGUAAGAAUGGAAUUAAGCUUAAUUAUUGCAGAGCCAACCUCGACUUUGGGUCCUCUACUAGCUUUUACCUGAACCCAUCACUUGAUAAUGUAAUCGACUUCAUUAAGGGGCGUGAAGGAUUUUACGGAAUUGUUGUAUAUUGGGCUGAUAUGGAAAAAGUAAAAAGCAUGGUAUAUCGGGAUUUAAUUUCGGAUGAGAAUUUAUGGAGAGAGGUGGUGGUUGCAUCAAGGUGUGGACAAUAUUCAGCGGUAGAUAGAGAUGAUUUUGUUUACGGAUAUCAGUUAUCGAAUGUAAGAGAAAUUCUCACUGCAUACGGUAGACCAGAUGAUGAGGAUUCAUGGCAGGAUCUCAUUCCCAGAGCCAGAUGGUUUGAGCCUAUUCGCCAUUUUCAGCUUGCAAUUAAGACUUAUGAAGCAGUAAGGGUUAUGGACAGCUGUUAUGUUGGAACCAUUUAUUUUCAUUCAAAAGAAAAUCAAUAA